AUGGCGCCGCCGGCCCUCGCAGAGACGCGGGCGACGCGCUCACGAUCCCGCCUUGCACAGGCUGUCGUGAGCGCGUCCUACGCCACCAGCGCCGACGACGACGACAACCACGGCGAAGGGAGCAGCACGGGCGUCACGCGCCGCCGAAGCGUCAGCGUUGGCGGCGGUGGUGACUCUGCCGUGUCGACCAGCAGCCCACCCCGCAAGCGCCGCGCACAUCGCCAUCUCGCCGCCGCUGCUGUUGAUGGCGAUGACACUGCGCUGGACGUUGCGCCUUCCCUUGGCGUAUCACCAGCCCCUGUGCCGUCUCCAGCGCCCGACACGCCCCCGCACCCCUCGACAAUCCCUAUCACGCCCAUCUCACCCCUCACUCCUUUGCCGUUACAUGCCCUUUCGCCCCGCCGGCUCCUGCUCGGCGGCGGGAAGCGGGGACGGCCCCGCGGCGCACGCAGCGCAGCGGCCGCCGCACGCCAGCCGAGAUCGUCGCGCACGACGCGGUCGCGACGCACCUCGGCCACACCGACCACGCUAGAGUCGAUCGCCGCCGAGUCCGUCGCCAUCAAGGACGAGGUCACGCGCCUAGGACUCGCACUUCGCGAUGUGACGGCCGACGGCAACUGUCUGUUCCGCGCGAUCGGCGACCAGCUAUGGGGCGACCAGAGCCGCCACGCCGAGGUGCGCCGCCUCGUGUGCGACCACCUUGAGCGUGAGCGCGACCUGCUCGCUGAUUUUGUCGCUGGCUUCCUCAACUCGGGCGAGGACUACGACCACUACGUGGCACGGAUGCGCGGGCUCGGCGUCUACGGCAGCCACAUCGAACUGCAGGCCGCGACGGUCGUCUUCCAGCGCAGCAUUCGCAUCAUCCUCGCGCAGACCAGCUACACGGUUGAAUAUGGUACCGGGAAGGAGGAUGCCGAGGAGGACGAGGGCAAGCGGAGGACGAGAUCCGCCGUCGGCAAGGAACCCGAGGAGCCUGCCGAGUCGUCAUCCACCCCGCCCUUCCCUCCACCAACCCCAGGCCACUCGAUGCUCUGGCUCGCGCUGUUCGCCGAGGCAGAGCACUACGAGUCAGUGCGACCAAAGGGUAGCAAGGCCGGCCCGGCCAACGUCCCCGACUCGCUGUCUAAACCGCACGCGCGCGACGUUAGCGAGGCUGCCCGCCGCGAGCGGGGUGAGCGCGUCGACGACGCGGCUGCCCCAGACAGCAAGGACUCGCGCCUGGCACAGGUCUCGGCGUCGCUUCCCGCAGGGCACGGCUUAUCCCCGGCGCACAUCGCCGGCGUGCUCGCCCGCACCAAGGGCGACGUGUCGGCGGCUGUCGAGAUCCUGCUCGAGGACGCCGAGCAUGGCGUGUCGGACAGCUCGAGUGAGGGCUCAGGCGGCUCAGCAGCCGUCGAGGCCAUGCUCCCGGACCUGCAGUACCGCGAGCGGCCGGGCAGCCCAAGCAGCUCUGACAGUGCGCCAUCCAGCGCGUCGACUGCGCCCACGAGCCCACUGAACGACGACGACUCGGGGUCCGACACGAGCUACAAGCACGACGCGGACGAGGCGGAGCGCGAGCGUGUGCGCGACGCCAAGGACGCGCGGGAGGCCGGGAGGGGGCGUGGACGUGGCCGGGGCAGAGGCCGCGCGAGGGGGAGGGGAGGGCGCAGGGGCGGCAAGAUGUAG